ACCUCCAGUCGUUCCUGAUGAAUGCUUGUUUAUUUUUUUCUCCUUCUUUUUAAUUCCUAUUUCCCAAUUUAUUUGUAAGUUCAUCAGAACCGCUAGGUUAUAAUUGACAUGCCUAUUCAUGAUAAUGAUCGUCAUGCCGUAGUCUUAGAAAUCGGAAGAGCAUACACAAAGUGUGGUUUUGUUGGUGAAAACGAACCUCGAGUCAUCAUUCCCUCUAAGUUAGAGGGAACAAAAAAAACGGAAGGCAUUUAUCUUCAUGAAUAUUCAACCAAAAAAGAACUUCAUUCCAAUCUGGUCAAAUUUCUCCACCAUAUUUUCUUUAAAUAUUUGUUGGUCAAUCAUAGAGAAAGAAGAAUUGUGAUUGUUGAAUCUCUAUUAUGUCCAACAGAGUUUCGUGAAGUCUUGGCGAAUGUCCUUUAUGUUCAUUUUGAGGUACCAUCUGUACUGUUUGUGCCUUCUCAUCUUGUCACUCUUUAUACCUUGGGGAUCAACACUGCAUUUGUGAUUGAUAUUGGAUAUGAGGAAACAACCAUGAUACCAGUAUGUGAGGGAACUCCUCUGAUCCAUGCUAAUCAGGCCCAGCCUCUAGGAGCUAAAGCAAUUCAAGGACGGUUAGAGUCUCUUUUGUUGCUACGCGCUAAAGUACAGGGAAAUGGUGGUCAAAAAGUCGACUUGGUUGAUGUUAUGCCGAAGCUAUCUCGGGCAAUCUUAGAAGAUAUUGUGGUACGCACUUGUUUUGUUACUACGCUGCCAAGAGCCCGUCAACUUGUUGCUGCUCGGACGGAUGAAGAUGGGCCAUCGCCACCUGUGCCACCUCCCACCAUUCUUUAUCCCUUGUCUGGCAAUAAUAAUUUGACUUUGGAUGGGUCUGUCCGUGAAGAAUCAGCCGAAGUUCUUUUUGAAACGGAUAAUGAGAUGGUAUCACUCGCAUCUAUGGUGCUGGAUGGCAUACUCGCAUCACCAAUUGAUUUCCGCGUCCCGCUUGCCGAAAAUCUCGUAAUAAUAGGCGGAGGAUCUAUGUUGCCUGGUCUAAAAUUUCGUCUACUGGCUGAAAUAAAGGAUUUGCAGCAACACCCCAAAUAUUCCAGCCGGAUAGCUCUUAAAGCACUAAAAGUUCAUAAGCCACCUGCGAAAUCCAACUACACUGCUUGGCUCGGAGGAGCGAUAUUGGGUGCAACGGAAGCGAUUGCUACACGAAGUUAUACACGUGAAGUGUACGUGCAGUCCAACCGCGUCCCUGAUUGGAACAAUUUGGCGGAUAAUACAAAAGAAGUUGAUAGCAGAGCCGGUUAAAUGCACCGCUUUGAUAAGCGAUUCAACAAACUAAAAGUAUAUUAAGCUUCAUUCACUUCACCAGUUAUCGAUGUGAAAAAUAUAUAGGGAGAUUGAUGCAAAUUCA